CUUGAAGCUGACAGCUGUAAGGAUGCAUUGCAAUAAGCUGCUGCAUUUUUUGAACUGAGGCUCUGUAACGCACGCAAACUAAAAAUUUAAGCAAUACAGAAGAAAAUGCCACCGCGAAAGAGAGUAAAGCGUGAAGGUGGAGCACCGGACGCGAGUGCACAAGACGCGCCUGGGCCUGGGUGCUCCGCGACUCACAUAUAUGAUCUGGGCGACUGCCUGGAGACGGUUUGCCAGCACCUGCCUUUGGGGAGCUGCUUGCGGAGUCGGCUUGUCAGUCGGCAAUUUCGCCAAGUCUUCGGGAGGUCGGUUGAUGAGCUGAUGUUCAUCGUCCCGGACGAGCACCGGGCGGUGUUACUGGAUCUGCAAAGCUCCGUCCAGGCCUUUCCGGGCGCCAACUCGCUGCUUCUGGUCCUGGAUAAGUAUGAUGACAUGCCGCACUUCCAGGGGGUGGUGGACCGCGUGCGCCUGCCGGGGCCACCGCGGCCCGGGUCACACCGCUGGGAGGCGGCGGACCAGCCACACGGCGGCGCGGGGCCAGGGCCCAGCUCUGAGGCCGCCGCCGUCGCCGCUGCAGCUGCCGUGGCUGCAGCCGCUGUGGCGGCACACGGUGGUGGGGGUGGCAGUAGCAGUGCGGCCAGCCGGCGGCGCAGCCGCCGGCUUAGCGCUGCGCUUGACGCGAUGGCGGCGGCGGCUACGGCGGCGGCUGAGUCUGAGUCGGUGCGGCUAUCGCGGAUCACAAAGCUGGCAUUGCGCUGCAACAUAAAUCGCAGUGACGUCGCUAAGGAGCGGCAGCGGUACCGGGACAAGUACGGACGCAGGUCCGGGGCGCCGCUGCUGCAGCUACUGGGGCUGCCGGCAAUGCUGCUAGACGCGCUGCAGUUACCGGAGGACGAGGAGGGAGGCGGCGGCGGCGCGGCGGCAGGCGGUGAUGGAGGAGGUGGCGGCGUUGGUGGAGCAGGAGCAGGAGCAGGCGGCGCUGCCGGGGGACUGGGACUAGGGCUGGGUGGCGCAGGCGGUGCAGGAGGUGGAGCGGGUGGUGGUGGUGGUCGGCGGCGGCGCUCGGGGCCGCCGGAGCCGCUGUUGGACCUGUCCUUCCUGACCCACAUGCCGGGCCUAGUAUACCUGCGCCUGGCAGUGCCGCUCGACCUGCGUGGAGCGCCCCCCGGCCCCUCCUCCUCCCCCGCCCCUUCCCCUUCCCCAGCCUCCGCCCCAUUCCCGGGCCCCUCGACCUCCACCGCCCCUUUCCCGGCCUCCACCGCCCACCCGCACUCAACGCACGUGCCGCGGCCUUGCGGCUUGGCCGCCCUGGGCGCGCUGCGCCACCUGACGCGGCUGGACCUGCUGCCCAUGAACCAGCUCACCACCAGCGACCUGGAGCCGCUGGGGGCGCUGGCGGGCAGCCUGCAGCACCUGGAGCUGUUCCUGGACGACCCCAGCACUAUCUACUGGCACCGCCGCUCGGACGGCUACCCGGCGCCCGACCUCGCGCACGCCGUGCCGCAGCCGCCCGGCCCCUUCAUGCUCAUGCAGGGCCGCAUGGCGCGGGAGUACGAGUACGCCACACGCGUGUACCCGGCCUGGAGGCGCCUCAGCGCGCUGCUGUCCAAGCUGGCUCUGCUGACGCGGCUGACGGUGACGGGCACGGCGCCCUUCUGGCUGCCCAUGGGCCAGCACCUGCUGGCGGCGCACCCGGGGUUGCAGCACCUGCACCUCACAUGCACCUCCACACCCGCAGAGUUCAUGGCAUCGCCCGCCUCAGGGCCCGGGCCUGGGUCCGGAGCGGCGGCUGUAGCAGCAGGAGCGGCAGUAGCAGGAGCGGCAGGAGCAGGAGUGGCAGCAGCAGGAGCGGCAGCAGCAGGAGUGGCAGCAGCAGGAGCGGCAGCAGCAGGAGGGGCAGGAGCGGGGGCGGAAGGCGCGGGACUGGCGGCGGAGCGGCGGGGCCCCGCGGGAGCGGGGCCGGAGGGCGGCGAUGGAGGGAGAGCGGCACGGCAGAGCCCCACGCCCGCAGCGGCAGCGGCAGCGGGCGCGGCAGGGCAGGCAGCUGCGCCGGUGCUGCGGCCCGGGCGCCACAUGCGCGUGAUGGUCCGGCACAGCGAGCGCAACACGCUGCUGGAGGACGCCGCACAGCUGCUGGUGGUGCAGCCGGUGGCGCCGGGGGACGAGAUAUCGCUCGACAUAUGCGGCAUGGGGCAGGUGAGCUCCUCGCUGGGCGGCCAGAUCCGGGCGCUGCUGGCGGCGCUGCCUGUGCGCUCGCUCAUCAUGCUGCACGCCAGCUGGGACGACCCCGCAGUCGCCACAGAGGUGCUGUCAGCCAUAGCCGUGCAGCCGCAGCAGCAGCAGCAGCCGCAGCAGCAGCCGCAGGCGGUGGUAGUGCAGCAGCAGGGGCAGGGCCAGGAGCAGGAGCGGGGAGCGGAGCUGCCUGCGGCUGCGGGGUUAGGAGUGGUUGCAGGAGCAGCAGCGGGCGCGGCGGGCGCGGCUGCUGGCGAAUUAGCAGGAGCGGGCGGAGCGGGGCCCGCGGCUGGGGUGGGUGGGGCCGCGGUGGCCGGGGCCGGAGUCGGGGCAGCCGCUGACGGCGGCGCACGGGCUGCUGGUGCCGCACGCAGCUGCUUGCGGAGGCUGCAGCUGUGGAGCCGGGACAAGGAGGCGUUUGACGUCAGCAACCGGGUUCUCACUCAACAGGAGCAGGCCAGUGGCCCCACCCCCGCCGCAGCGGCCGGCCCCACAGAGCUGGUGCUGCACGGCCCCCUGCCCGACACCCUGGGGCCGCUGCUGCCGCCCUCGCUGAAGCGCCUGUCGCUGGCCAACCGAGUCAACGAACAGCAGCAGCAGCAGCAGGGAGGCGGCGCCGCGGCGGUGGCUGCAGCCGCGGCGGCGGCGGCGCGCCGACUGGCGGUGGUGCAGGUGGACCACCUGCCCGAGGGCCUGGAGGCGCUGGACAUGCAGAACAUGAGCCUGCGGGGCUCCAGCCGCGGCCUGCCCCAGCUGUGCCACCUGUCGCUGCACUCGUGCGCGCUCACGGCGCUGGAGCAGCUGGCGCCGGGCCCGGCGCUGCGGCGGCUGGCGCUGUUCCGCAACACCAUCGCCGCCAGCAGCAUGCAGCGCCUGGUGGAGAGCUGCCCGGAGCUGCUGGAGCUGAGCCUGCAGGAGGCCUUCUCGCCCGACCCCGGCCGCCGCCUGCACAUGAGCCUGGCGUGCGGGCACCUGCUGGCGGACAUGCACCACAUCGCCCGACUCACGCGCCUCGAGGCACUGGCGCUGCCCAUACCGCCCUCGCGGGGCCUCGUAGCGGCGGGAGCGGGGGCGGCGGGGGCAGCAGGAGAAGCAGGGGCGGGGGCAGGGGGAGGAAGGGGGGCUGCGGGAGGCGCAGGGGCUGGCGGGCAAACGCGGGGCGCGGCGCGGGGAGGACAUGGCGCGCUGGGGGCUCGCGGAGAGCUGGAGGCGGCGGCGGAGGCGGAGACGCACGGGACCAUGGCGCAUGUGGUGUCGCAUUUGGAGUCGCUGCCCUGCCUGCAGACGCUGACGGUGCAGGGCCUGUGGGACGCGCACGUGCCGCACCUCACCUGCCUCACACGCCUGCGCCGCCUGGAGUGGCUCAAGCUGCACAUGGUGGUGGACCAGACGUGCUUCACGCUGCAGAGCCAGGAUAGCACGGCGCCGCCGUUGGGGCCCCGCCGAGUGCCUGGCUCCAGGGCAGCGGGCCCCACCGGUAGCGACCCCCGCCCCACCGUGGCAGGCGGGGCCGCCGGCGGCGGCGGGGGCCCCCUAGCUGCGGGCGUCCCCAGCGGCUCAGCGGGUGGCGGCGACGCCAGGUCCCGGCGCGCGACGCCCGCCGCCUCCGCCUCCGGAGCCGCCGCCGCUGCGGCCGCAGCUGCACCCAACGCGGCCGCGAACGCCGAGGACGGCGGCGGCGGCACCAGCGGCGCCCGGCGGCGCGUGACGCGGACCUCGGCACGGGCUGCAGCAGCAGCAUGCACGGACGGCGCCGGCGGCGCCUCGCCAGUGCCCGGCGCCGCGGGCCCGUCCCGUGCGAUGGCCAUGGCACCGCCGCCGCCGCCAUCAACCAUGGGCAUGCUCGGCGGCGGCCGAGGCGCCAAACGCGGCCGGAUGGAGGCCGGCACUGUGGGCGACGGCGUGGGGGCUUCCAAUGAGGAGUCGGAUGGGGACACAGACGCCUCCACGGGCGCGCGGCGCUCGGAGACGGGCGGCGGGCGUGGCGGCGCCGCCAGCGCCAGCUGCCGAGGUGGGCGCGGCGGCAGCCGCCACGGCCGCGGCGGCGCGGAGGCUGAGCCGCUCUCCACUUCCACGUCGCUGCAGACGCAGGAGGGGCCCGCGGCCGCGCAGGCGGCCGGGCCCGCCGCCGCAACCCGCGGCCGCACGCGGCAGCAGCAGCAGCAGCACCAGCCGCCGCCGCCGCCGCCCGGCCAGCAAGGGCAUGGGCACCUGCACCGGGCGCCGCAACCUGCACGCGCGGACGCGCGGGUGCAUGCUCAUGCUCACGAUGACGGCCCUUCAGCCGCGUCGCCGGACUCCAAACUGCAGGACGCCACAAGCGUCAGCCGCACCCUGUACGACGCACUGGUGGCUGGCUUGCCGCACACGCGAGUCGGCAUGAAGCUGAUCACGUUGUCGUUCAGCCCCCCCGAUGGAAAUCGCAGCGGCGACGGCGGCGGCGCAGGUGUCGGGGUCGGCGGCGGCGGCGGCGGCGGCGGCCCAAUCGGCAUCCCGCCUGGCAUGCUGGCGGGCUUGGGCGGCGGCGGUGGUGGUGGUGGUGGUGGUGGUGGUGGUGGUGGUGGUGGCGGUGGUGGCGGUGGUGGUGAUGGUAAUGGUGGUGGUGGUGUUGGUGGUGAUGGUGGUGGUGGUGGUGGUGGUGGUGGGGGUGGGGGUGGUCCCGGCGGAGGUGGUGAUGGUCCUGGCGGCGCAGUCGCGGCGGCAGCGGCGGCGGCGGUGAUGGCGGCGGUGGCGGUGGCUGAGAUGUUUGGGGGGCCGCAGUUCGCGGCCGGAAUGCCGGGAGUUGGGCUGCAGGGCCCUGGCGGCGCCAACGCGCUUGCUGGGAACGCUGGCGGCGGUCCGGGCGGCGCCGGUGGCGCCGCGGCCGGGCAGGCGCAGGGCGGAGGCGGCGGAGGCGGGCAAGUGGGUGGGUUUCAGGCUUUCCUGGGCAUGGCUCUGGAUCAUGAUGAUGACGAGGCGGCCGGCGGCGGCCACGGCGCCGGCGGUGGCGCCGCCGCAGGCGUAUUCCCGCACCCGCACCUGCACCCGCCCGACAGCGACACAGACGCGGACAGUGACGACGGCGGCAGCGAUAGUGACGAGGAGGGCGGCGGCGGUGGUGGAGGUGGUGGCGGGCCUGGCGGCGGCGGUGGCGGGCCGCCGCCGGAGCUUGAGCAGUUUGUUCAGGCGGUUGGCGACCUGGGCAUGCACCUCAUGAUGAAUUUGGCCAUGGCGGCUAUGGGGGCCCAGCCUGGCGGCGGUGGCGGCGGCGGCGGCGGCGGUCCUGGUGGCGGCGGCGGCGGCGGGGCCGGGGCCGGAGGUGGUGCAGGAGGAGGAGGAGGUGGUGGUGGUGAAGGCGGGAUGCCGGACCUGCAACAGCUGCUUGCAGGGCUCGGUGGCGGCGGCGGGCCAGGUGGUGGCGGUGGCGCAGGUGGCGGCGGCGCGGGUGCAGGGCUGCUGGGCAUGAUGGGCAUGAUGGGCCCGCCGCCGCCCGGGCACCUGGUGCUGGGCCCGCUGCCCUUCCCGAUGGUCCCCGGCGCCAUGUUCCCUGGUCCGCCGGGAGGCGGCGGCGGAGCUGGUGGCGGCAUGGGUGGCGGCGGGGGUGGCAAUGGGGCUGCGUUGCCGCCGCCGCCGAUGGGGUUGUUCAUGGGCGGCAUGGGCAUGGGGUUGGGAAUGGGCAUGGAGCCACCACAGCUGGGAGUCAUGAUGGGGCUGAUGGGGGCGCCGCCACCGGGCGCGGCGGCCCCGGUGCUGCCGCUGGGACUCGGGGGAGAAGGAGGAGGCGGAGGAGUGGGAGGGGCAGGGCCGGGCCCGGCAGCGCAUGGUGGAGGGGCAGGAGGCGGUGGCGCGCACGGCGGUGGUGAGGGCGGGGGCGGGGGCGGGCCGCCAGGCGGCUUGGGGUGUCAUGUGAUGUGAGGGAGCGUGUUGACAAGUGCGGCCAAGGUACGCUUGCGGCAAGGGAAUUGGAUGCAGUCAACAAGGUUGUGUGCUUAAAUUGUUGGGUGUAAGGCUGCAUGUGCAGACGCAACUACCGUUCUGGCUCUGGGCAUGUUGGUGUGCCAUUGCUCUGGUGGAGUGGUGGGUUGUCAGCGCGAACCUUUUUCCGAGGCACCCGAGGCGUAAAUGGUGCCCGAGCGAGGCAGCCAGUCCAGCGGCGCUCACACGCGGCGCUCAAAGCGGCGCUCACACGCACGGCGCCUUGCCGCAUAACUUCAGAAUCCCCGAACUCAAACCAACCCCCCAUACACGUUCUUGUCAACUUUUGAUUAGCAUACCUCGGGGAGCGUGCAGGGGAGGGUGUCUGGUGUGUCUGUGCUUACUCACACGGUCUAUCCUGUGUGCCGACUAUGCUUGUCUAGGUGUGUAUGGGGGUCUAGUAUGUCUAUAUAGUGAAGGCCGAAGACCAACACAGCCUGCCAUGUAGCUGGGCUGGGCUGGAGACCCGUCGCGCGAUCGCGACUUCCCAUGGUG